CUAACAUCAACUCCUUGCAUUUGUUGCAUCCUCAGGAGACCUGCAGACUAUUUCGCAGCUCAAUCUAGUACUAUGCAAUGAACACCGCCACCUGAGAGCCGAGGCGAUCCCCAAAUGGGGCUGAUUGGCAUUGAUCGAUGAGAAAGCGCCAUUGCAGGUCAUCUAUCUAACCUCGGCAAUCUGGCAUUACUCCGCAGGACAGAAAAUCGAUUCCAGCAUCGAUCGGCAGCGCAUCCUACAUUUACUGACUUGACGCUCGCUGAAGUACGGAUGCGACUUCACUCAACUUACAUUAAGCUGCGCUGAGCUGCACGGAAUCAUCAUGUCAGACACCCAACGACCUAGAGGCCUCCUGUUCGACAUCGGAGGAGUGUGUGUCCUCUCCCCCUUCCAGGCGAUUCUGGACUACGAGCUUGCCCACAACAUCCCUCCAGGAUGGGUGAACUUCAGCAUCUCGCGUACCGCGCCCAACGGCAGCUGGCACCGCUUAGAACGUGGGGAUAUCAAGAUGGACGCCGACUUCUUCGCCGGGUUCCAGAAUGACCUACAGAACCCGAGUCUCUGGAAGCAAUUCCAGGAGAAGAUCCAGAGCAAAAACCCGACCGGAACGCAGUCGCCCACCCCUCCGGUGCCUAAGAUCGAUGCGGAGUUUCUGUUCUGGGAGAUGAUGAGGGUAUCGCGAACGCCGGACCCUCAUAUGUUUCCGGCCUUGAAGAGAUUGAAGGAGUCAGGGCAAUUCAUCUUGGGGGCCUUGUCGAAUACCGUCAUCUUCCCGGACGGACAUCCGUACAAUCGUGAUCUCGACGAGAAGAAAUCCCAGUUUGACUUUUUCAUCUCAUCAGCGCAUACAGGUCUUCGGAAGCCGGACCAGAAGAUCUAUGAAGCGGCCCUGCGGGAGAUGAAUCGAAUCGCCAAGGAGAAAGGUCAAGGCGAGUUGCACGCAGUGGAUGUGGUCUUCCUCGAUGACAUCGGGGAGAACUUGAAGGGGGCCAAGAAGGCGGGGAUGCGGACUUUGAAGGUGAACCUCGGACGAACGCAAGACGCUGUUCGCGAGCUGGAGAAGAUGACUGGUCUCCAAUUACAAGCAGGAUCGGAUAAAGAUUUCGAGCUGGGGUGGCCAAGGCUGGCAGCGGCGGCCGCCCGCUCGUCGCCAACCGCAAUUCGUGGCCGGGAUGCAGGCAGCGCUAAGCGAGGCCUUCCACAAAGUCAGCCCACGAAUUUUCCCUCCUCCUUCCUUAGCAGCCAACGUCGACAACUCGGUCCUCAUCACCCGGUCACCGUCAAAAUGCCUUUCCACAAGCAGGUCAAGAACAGCGCUUACUACAGCCGCUACCAGACUAAGUACCGUCGUCGCCGCGAGGGUAAGACCGACUACUAUGCUCGUAAGCGCUUGAUCACCCAGGCCAAGAACAAGUACAACGCCCCCAAGUACCGCCUGGUCGUCCGCUUCACCAACCGUGACGUCAUCUGCCAGAUCGUCUACUCCGAGAUUUCCGGUGACAAGGUCUUCGCCGCUGCUUACUCCCACGAGCUCAAGCGCUAUGGCAUCACCAACGGUCUGACCAACUGGGCUGCCGCCUACGCCACUGGUCUCCUUGUCGGUCGCCGUGCCCUCAAGAAGCUCAACCUCGACGAGACCUUCACUGGUGUUGAGGAGGCUGAUGGAGAGUACACUCUCACCGAGGCCGCUGAGACUGAUGAUGGCGAGCGCCGCCCCUUCAAGGUCGUCCUCGACGUCGGUCUUGCCCGUACCUCCACCGGUGCCCGUGUCUUCGGUGCCAUGAAGGGCUGCUCUGACGCUGGUGUCCUCGUCCCCCACUCCGAGUCCCGCUUCCCCGGUUUCGACAUCGAGUCCGAGGAGCUCGACGCUGAGACUCUCCGCAACUACAUCUUCGGCGGUCACGUCGCUGAGUACAUGGAGGGUCUCGCCGAUGACGACGAGGAGCGCUUCCGUGGCCAGUUCCACAAGUACACCGAGGCUGGCAUUGAGGCCGGUGACAUCGAGGACCUCUACACCGAGGCCCACAAGGCCAUCCGCGAGGAUCCCUUCAAGAAGGACGAGGAUGCCGACUCCAAGAAGACCAAGGAGGAGUGGAAGGCCGAGAGCAAGAAGUUCCGCAAGGUCCGCCUCACCCACGACGAGCGCAAGGCUCGCGUUGAGCAGAAGAUCCGCGAGCUUGCCGCUUAAAUGGAUUUUUGUUGUGGAGGCCAUUCGUGCUUGAUGCAUGCGUGAAGUGCGAUAGUCACAAACAAAAGUUAAAAAUCUUCUUUUAACACAAAUCCAAAAAACGGUGACCUGGGUGUCUUUUCUUCUUACUAACCAUCUUCAAUUUGUGAUAUCCCCAAGUAGUCUGAUUCGAGACUCUUGUUACGACCGGAGUUUUUUUUGUCUAUGUCCAUGGUUCUUUCGGAGCAACUACCUCCCUUCAAUACGAUUUUCUUUCCCGGUUUCAACAACCAGCCCUCUCAUUAUAUUUGCUCCGAUGAACCGCGUAGCCGUAGCGUAGAAGAUGUAUCGAGUACCUGCGAUAUACUUAUCAUGCCACGAUCGUUGCCCGUGGUUCUGAUGCAGUUCUUGCAUGAUUUCUUGACUAUCAUAUGUGAACCCUCGUUAUGUCAAAUGACGGAGGUGCGUUAUGUAUAUCAUCGCCUGUCAGACAUAAUGC